GUUAGUCCCUGAUGUUCGAUUUCGGUAACACCACCUGUUUAGUGGGGGUAAUAACAAAAAAGUAAACGAUGGUACCCGUGCCACCACAUUUCGGACGUAAAGUGUAUAGCGAGCGACAAAUAUUGAGAUGACGAUUGACGCGGACAUUAUCCACGGCAUAACCGCGCGUUCACGCGCUGGCGGAGCAUCCGGCGGGUACCAGGAUGCUGGGGGUCUACCUUGGCAAACGGGUGCAGGAGAACCGGAGCGUGACGCGUUCGGGCAGCCGGUGGGGUCGGACCGAAAGGUGACUCAGGCGCGUGUGAAGGCAUGGUUACGCGAGCGGAAUCUCGAGCGACUGUUCAAGCCGCUGCAGAAACACCGCUUCGACGACUUCGACACGCUCCAGUACCUGGAUGACGCUUAUUUACGCGAGAUGGGCGUUGUUGCCGGAGAUCGUGUGCGGCUGCUAAAAGCACUCGCGGAUUUUUUUCCAAACAAGGCGCAGGGUUACAUGAUGCAGCGGGGCUCGCCGGCAGGUGCCGACCAAGGCUUCUAUAAUCCAGACGCACGUAGUACCGGCGUCAGUGAUCCUCGCAGCGGUAGAUUUUAUCCACCACCCUACAACAUGAGCAGCAAUCCGACGCCAGCUCCAGCUGUUCACAACGAUUUGAAUUUUGCGCCACAGCAGCUGCAGCUCUCUCUGUCGCACCAACAGCUACGUGAUUACACUGGAACAAAUCCAGAAAAUUUAUUUGCGGUAACCAUACCCGCCGCCAACGCGGAAAAUAAGGAGAGUGCGGAGGAGAAAAGCGAUGCGCAGCCGCUCUCGUCACAAGCAGAACUCCCUCCCACAACUGAAGCUGCACUGAGUGCACCACCGCCGGCUGUUUCCAAGAAUGUGCAAAUAGUCUUGGGCAAAGAUGAGGACGAAGAGAAAAAGGGUCCAUAUGACCACGGCGACCAGCCAGCUUCGGUGUCAAAAAGGCCUCCGCCUGCCUCCGCCACUGCCAACAAGAUUCCGCGCCUGCCCGGGCCUAACCGGCCGCAGCUGCGGCGCAGCCGACGCUACGAAAACCUUGACGACGUUGAGUUCAACAUGGGAACUGAGGCGGCGGAGCGUCGCAAGGAGUACGCCAAGAAGGUGAUUGGUGCGAGCAUUUUCUUGGAGGGUCUGCUCAUCGCGCUUCGGGCCACCAUGUGGUGGGCGCAAUGCCUGGUGUACGUGCCGCUCUUCAUCGCGAACCUGUACGGGCUCCAGUGGAAAAAACGGGUUGAUGUCUUUUCGGCGUUGCGCGGGCUCCGGCUCGUGGAAAAGCAGCAGGCCGGCUACUUGGGCGCGGAUGUGUACAAGACCUCUGUUGCCGAGUGCGAAACCCUCGAGCAGGGACGAAAACUGCAGCGAGGCGCCAUGUUGCUGCUGUCGCAGGCGGUCGUCCUGACGGCGGUAUGGGUGUUUGGUCUGAUGAUCUUCGCGAACGUCUUCAUCCUGGCGGAUUCCAGAAAGGACGUCACUUUGGAGACGGUGACCGAGAGCCUCUUCAAGGACGACGAAAGCUUCAACUGGUUUGCGAUCGCCAUUUUGAUCAUUUUAGCGGUCUUCAGUGCGUUCUACUUGCUCGUGUUCGUCGCGCAGUUUCGCAACGAGUACCGCAAUGGUUUGAUAAAGAAGGCGCGCGUGGAAGAGCUUCGCACGAAAGUUGCGAACCUGGAGAAACUAGGCGUACGCGUUAAGGAAGGGUACACCCCUUCUGUCGCUGCGGCCGAGGGCGGAAAAAAGGACGGCAACAUCAGCGCAGAGCAGGGACAGGCGCAAGAAGCAGGUGAAGCAGAAAAAUAUCGAAAAGCGGUCGAUGUAGCGGCCGCUGGGUCAGCAAGGGGAGACGGAAACAUUAAACUUAAGCCGCUUUUCGACCUAAGCCGCCCAUUGGACGAGCAGUCGCUCGUUGGGAAGCUGGAUGUCACGGUGCGAAGUUCGAAGCAGAACUUGUGGGACCAGAUCGGGCAGGUUGGUGCGGUGGUGAAGUUUCUCAAGGGUGGCGCCUGA